UCCUGCUUCCCAUCUCAGAGCAGCUACAAGAUUUCAUGGGAAUUCUGUUGCUAGAGCUAGGCAUAAAAUCUCAUUUAUAUACACAACAACCUGCAAGUCUCCAGUUUCUAGUCUUCCUCCCUCCCUCUUCUUUCCCUUCCCCCACUUUGCACCAGAGAAGCCAAAUUUAGGCGUGCUUUACAGUUUGAGGACUAAUCUGAAAGAGGAAGAAGAAUCUGUAUGCAUUGGCUAGCAUAUGUGCCCUGCCCUCUCUCUUCUUGAAAAUCGCAGCAACCCAUCUUUUCAAAGAAGCCUGACUAAAGAACAGGCACCCUGUGAGUGGAGUGGGCUUUCAGGACUCUUAGGGGUAUUCAGAUUCACUGUGAAGCUCACUAGGACGGUUAGAUCUCCAAGGGACGAUUUACUGAAGACUUGGAGCUUGCUUCUGAGAAUAAAUGCAAAAGGAUCCUAAACUGUCAAUCCUGAAGAUAGCAGAAACGUCACUUACUGUGAAAGUCAAUAUUUAUAGACAUGGCUGAACAUGAGCUUGCAUCUACUCUUACUGAAAUACCUCCUAUAGUUCCAGUUAUCAAUGUGGACCCCAUGCAUCAGAUUAUAUUGGUUCAAGUUAACCCUGGGGAGACCCUCACCCUCAAGUCUGAUGAUGGGAAUAUUCAGAGUAUCCAAGGACCUGCUGAUGUACCUCUAAUGUCACCAAGUGGUACUUUGCCACCAAUAUAUCUUCCUCCUGGUUACAUGUCUCAGGUGGUGGACGAAAAUGGCAUUCGCAAAAUUAUCAUUGUGCCUCAGACAAUUGACUAUCACACAACCAUGCCUGCUCCUAUACAAAAAGUACCCCAUUUCAUUACACCAUCCUCUCCUAUGUAUCUACAAGGUUCUCAAUUUAUGUAUCCCUCAGCUCAAGGGGAAUUUCUACCACCUUACAUCCAAGAGCCUAUGCCACAGGAGCUGCCACCACCAGCAACAGAUAUAUACCACGAGCAGCAAGAAACUUAUUCCCAUGGAAGAGCAAAUUAUAACCAGUUUGAUGAAAGGGCUGCUAAAAUGGAAGAACAUAUGAAGAAAAACCUGGGAGAAUGCCAAGUUGGCAGACAAAAGAAUAACGAUAUGGUUAACAACACCUCUUUGCAUGUGAACAAAACCAACGAUUUUUCCAGUAUUCCUCCCACUCCAAGCACUUACACUGUGGACUAUGCUCCAAGUACCUACACUGUUGACAAUACCUUGAGCACGCACACUGUGGAUAAUGCUACACAAACCUACACUGACAGUACAUCAAGUACCUAUACUGUGGACAACACUUCAAGCACUUUCACUGUGGAAAAUGUUCCAUGCACCUACACUGUUGAAAAUACUUUGAGCACUUACACUGUGGACAAUGGUCCAAGUACCUACACUGUGAACAAUGCUCAGAACAUUUACACUGCUGACAGCACUCCUAGUACUUACAUUGUUGACAGCCCUCCAAGCACUAACAUUGCUAACAGUACUCCCGGCAACUCUUCCACUGACCAUGUCCCUAGUACUCCCACUACAGAUAGUGCUCUUUCUUCCACCAUUGAUAGUGUUCCAAACUCUUCCAGCUCUAGUUAUGUCCCCAAGAUUUACACUUCUGACAGUACUCCCAAGCCAUUGCCUAUUGACAGCACUCCAAGCCCUUCCAUUUCUGACCAUGCUCGCAGCACUCCCAUCUCUGAAAGUGCUCCCAGCCCUUCCAUCCCUGAAAGUGCUCCCAGCCCUUCCAUCCCUGAAAGUGUUCCCAGCACUCCCAUCUCUGAAAGUGCUCCCAGCACUCCCAUCCCUGAAAGUGUUCCCAGGCCUUCCAUCUCUGAAAGUGUUCCCAGCACUCCCAUCUCUGAGAAUGUUCCCAGCACUCCCAUCCCUGAAAGUGCUCCCAGCCCUUCCAUCUCUGAAAGUGUUCCCAGCACUCCCAUCCCUGAAAGUGUUCCCAGCACUCCCAUCUCUGAAAGUGCUCCCAGCCCUUCCAUCUCUGAAAGUGUUCCCAGCACUCCCAUCCCUGAAAGUGUUCCCAGCACUCCCAUCCCUGAAAGUGCUCCCAGCCCUUCCAUCUCUGAAAGUGUUCCCAGCACUCCCAUCCCUGAAAGUGUUCCCAGCACUCCCAUCUCUGAAAGUGCUCCCAGCACUUCUGCCAUUGAUGGUGAUCCCAGUGCUUCCAAUGCUGCCAGCAAUUCCAACACUGUCAGUGCUCAUGUUGAGACUAGUCCUGGAAAGAAAUGGAAUGCUACAAGAAGUAGAGACAUCAAGCAGAAACCAGGUGGAAAACAAAACAAACUAUCAUCAAGUGCUGCAGAAAAAGAAUGCAUAAUAAAACAUGGGAAGUCAUGCUGUUUCACUAUUGAGAAACCUAUAGUUUCUGAUAUUCAAACAAGAUCUGCUGUUAUUUCAUGGAAACUACAUGGUUCUAAGAAAUGUGAUCACACCAAAUCUCCUGUGACAUUUGAACUGGCAAUAUCUAACAGUGGUAAAAAUGGAAACUAUAAAAAUCUAGGUAGACUCUCCAGUCUUUAUCAGUUUACUGCUUAUGAUUUCUGCAGUCAGGCUUGCUACUUGCCAGCUGAGUGGCUUUUCCUUCAAGCUUCAGAACAUCCUCUUCAAAAUCCAGCAUUCGUAAUCACAACCAUAAGAGGCUCAGCACACAAAACUGUGUCUGAAGUAGUUAGCUUCACAACUCCAGGUUGUAAACCAGACCCUCCACCUGCGCCCAAACUAAUUAACCGAUCCAAGAGCAGCCUGAAUUUACAGUGGAAAGGUUCCAAUGAUAAUGGUUCCAAAAUAAAUGGCUUCCUUUUGGAAUGGGAUGAGGGGAAAGGUGAAGACUUCAAAAGUUGCUAUAUGGGUACCAUGAAACAGUACAAAAUUCUUAAACUAAAUGCUUCUACAAAAUAUUCAUUCCGACUAGCUGCCAAAAAUAACUUUGGCUUGAGUGAUUUCAGUGAAAUAGCAGUCUUCCAUACAUCAGGAACUAUGCCUCCAACACCUUUACCUCCUAAGCUAAAAGAAGCAGGAAUCUGUACUUUGUCACUAGAAUGGUGUGCUCCAAGUAACACAACCCCAAAUGACAGUCUUACUUAUGUACUAGAAAUGGAGGAAGCAGGCUCUGAGUUGGGUUUUAAACCUAAAUAUAAUGGAGAGGACCUCUCAUGCACUGUAAGAAAUCUUCAGAGAAGUACUACAUACAAGUUUAGGAUCUUUGCCUACACUUUGGAAGGAAGGAGUAACCCCAGUGGAGAAGUAAAAUAUACUACCUGUCCAGAUAAGCCUGGAUCCCCUAAAAAACCAUAUAUAAAGGGAAAGAUCUAUGCACACAAAGUGAAAAUUGGAUGGGAACCACCACAAGAUAAUGGUGGGACAUACAUUUCAAGUUACAGUUUAGAAGUUAGUGAAAAUUCAGAUGUGAAUUCCUGGAACAUAAUCUACAACGGAACCACAAAGGAAUUUCUAUAUGAUCACCUGAAACCUGGUACUACAUAUAAACUGAGAGUCUUUUGUACUUCACCUAUAGGUCAAAGCCAGCCUUCAGAUAUAUUGACUAUUGAAACACCUACUCUUUCUCCUGCAUCUUGCCAUCCUCCACCCUUGAAUGGUGAAGCAAUAACCAGAGACACCAACAUCAAAUGUGAAAAUCCUCCUACUAAUGGAAACUCAGAAGCAUUUGCAAAUGUCACAAAGGAAGAAGGUAACCAAAAUGACAAACGAAGACACCCUGGCUCCAAAGUGAGAUGCACAUCUGGAGCUCAUUCAAAGAAGUGUGAAACUGCACCAGUCCCAAGCCCUCCUUCUCAAUGUGGUACACCUGUGGUAACCUGCAAGGGUCCGACCUGUGUUGUUGUUAGCUGGGAGAUUCCUGUAUGUAAUGGGGCUGAAAUCACAGAUUACAGACUAGAGUGGGGACAAGCUGAAGAAUCGAUGCACUUGAUAUACACUGGCUCUUGUUUGAGCUAUGAAUUGAAAGGUCUCAUUCCUGCAACUACAUAUUUUUGCAGAGUUCAGGCUGUAAACGUAGCUGGAGUUGGACUGUUUGGAGGAACUGGCAGAGUAACCACACCAGCAACUGUACCAGCAGUAGUACCAAUGCUAUAUGAAGUUGAAAACAAAGUUCCUGCCAAGUUGGCAUCAUCUUGCAUUGCUAUUAAAUGGGAGGAACCAGAUUGCCGUGGCUCUCCAAUCACUGGAUAUAACAUUGAAUACGGAGACAGAAAAAUUCUGACUGUUCAAAGAGUAACAGAGUGUCUUCUGAAAAAUCUGCAGCCUGAUACCACAUACAAAAUCAGAAUUCAAGCUAUCAAUCAUUAUGGACUAAGCCCUUUUAGCCAAUUAAUAAGAACCAAAACCAAGCCACUACCACUUGAUCCUCCACAUCUUGAUUGUGUGGUCUAUGGACACCAGAGCCUCAAACUGAAAUGGGGCAACUCUUCAAGCAAAGGAUUACUUUCCAACCUUAUAAGCUACAAUUUGUUAAUAGAAGAUCGAUCUGGCAGAUUUUCUAUCAUUUACCACGGACCUUGUCAGACUCACAAAGUGAACAGACUGAGUGAAUAUACUCAAUACAAGUUUAAAAUACAAACAUGCAGUGAAGCUGAUGAGGGACCACUGUCUGGUAUCUAUACUUUCACUACAGCCAAAACUCCACCAGCCACACUUAAAGCACCUAAAUUACAGCAUGUGAAUAGUAAUACUUGUGAGGUCAAAUGGGAGUCUUUGGAGCCAAUAAAAGGAGAUCCCAUUGUUUACAACCUUCAACUCAUCACUGAUAAAGGAACUGACCUGAUUUACAAAGGACCAAACACUUCAUUCUCCUUUUCAAAAUUUGUCACAAAUUCACAUUAUCGCUUCAAGGUCUGUGCUGGACGCCAAUAUCAGACUUCUGCUGGGAUACAAGAGCUCUGGGGACCAUAUAGCCCCAGCACUCUCUUCUCACCACAUAAGCAACAUCCAGGGCCUGGAAAAGGCGGUGGAAGAAAGGGGAGAAACAGCCCUAGUGAAGAGAAAAAAGUAAAGCCCAGAAUAGAGAUCAGUGAUGAUACAUUUAUUUUAUUCCUUGUGAUGGGAUUUGCACUAGUUGCUAUUUUGUGUGCUGUUGUAAUUCAGUAUUUUAUAAUCAACUAAUUUUUAUGAAUUUUACCUUUUUAAGAAGUUCUAAAACGAAUUACAUCAAAAAUAGAUACUUCUAGAUACAUCUCAAUUCUUACUUAAAAGUAAAUCUCAUUUGGUAGAAAUCUUUGUAAGCAUUCACCAAACAGCAAAAGAACUGAUUUAGACUCAAGAAAUUCAUCGUGACAAUAGAAGAGAUUUUAGGAAAUAGGUCUACUUUAAACUUGAAAAUGUUAGCAACAAAAACAGUUCCACUGUUAUGUAAAACUAUCUAGAACCUCUCAUGAAAACUAUUUCCACCUAAUUUUUCUAAUUAAUAUUUCACAAGUUUUUUAGAAUUAUGGGAGGAUAACAGCAUUUUGGAAUUUCAUUUAGAAAAAAGUGGAAAAAUCAAUUCUAUAUGUCAACUUACAAUCAUAUGAAAUAAUAAAAACAUAUAUACCACCUA